GAGGCACUGAGCUGGAGGAGAGAGAGUGAGAGAGACUUCUCAGAGGCUAAUCAACAAAGGCCACAUACAAGGCUAAAUAUUGUGGGUGAUCGAUAGCUUGAUAGUACCAUGUGGGAUGGAUGGCUACACGGUCAACCCGGUUGAGGAAACUACCUCCCAGGCAACAGCCAGAACAGCAGUCACCACAGUCAAGGGCAAAGUGGACAACACCCUUGACUCAGAUUCUUGUGGACUUGAUGGUUGACGAGGUUCACAAGGGAAAUAAGAAAAAGUAUUCUUUUGGGAAGAAAGCAUGGAAGUCUAUAACGGAUGAAUUUUACGAGAAAACAGGUCUUAAAUGGGAUAAAGAGCAACUGAAGAACCGAUAUGCUGUCUUAAAGAAACAGUAUACUAUCGCAAAGUUGCUUCUUGAGCAAAGCGAUUUCAAAUGGGAUGAAACCACUGGCACCAUCACGGCUGCAGAUGAAGCCUGGGACAGAAUUAUUAAGGAACAUCCUGAUGCAGAGACCAUGAGAAAUGCUGGUUGCCCAAUUUACAAACAGCUAUGCACAAUAUUUGCGGAACGAAGUACAAAUGGGCAAUUUAAUGGUUCAGCUGAAAAUGAGCUUCCCUGUCCACAACCUUUGAGCGUGUUCAAGGAGGAGCAGCCAACAUCAGAGGAUGAGGAUGAGGCCAACACUGAAGAUGAGCAGUAUAAAUUGCAAUCGACCAACCCCUCGUCUAGUGUCGGUCGCAAGAGAGGGCGUAAGGGGAUUGAUGAUGUCAUCGCGAACGCUAUACUGGAGAUGGCAGCAGCUUCAAAGCUGAAGGCAGCAGCAAUAAAGCAGUUUAACGACAGAUUUUCCAUAUCAGAUUGUGUCCGAUUAUUGGAUCAAAUGCAAGGUGUUGAUGACCAUGUCUAUUAUUCUGCUCUGGAUCUGUUCAACAACCCGAAUGCGAGGGAAACAUUUUUAUCGCUCAAAGUUGAGAAGCGAUUGACUUGGUUGUACGGCAAGUGUUCUGCCCUACCUAAUUCAUAGGUUGACGAACGGAGCCGUGAUGUAAUUUGCUUAGGUUUAUUAGGUUUGUGUUAUGUAAAUGGGAUUGUGAUUGUGGAGAAGCUUUGUGUACAUUCUAGCCUAUUUAUUUAUAUACAAUGAUAUGUUUAGAUUUUCUCA